CAGCAAGACAGGGAGCGAGGGAUGGUAGAAAGCACAGAUACCAAUUCCCCAUUGCUCGCCGUGUAUUAAACAUACUCGCACUCCAGCUCCCCAUUUCUCUCCUCCCCUCCCCUUCCCUAAUCAUCUCAGCGAAUCCAAUCGAGGCGAUGGACCAGCAGGGUGCGGGCGGGGACGCGGAGGUGCCGGCGGGGCUGGGUCUGACGGCGGCGGAGUACGAGCAGCUGCGGUCGACGGUGGACGCGCACCACCGCUACGCCGUGGGGGAGGGUCAAUGCUCCUCGCUGCUGGCGCAGCGCAUCCACGCGCCGCCGGAGGCCGUCUGGGCCGUCGUCCGCCGCUUCGACUGCCCGCAGGUGUACAAGCACUUCAUCCGGAGCUGCGCGCUCCGCCCAGACCCCGAAGCCGGCGACGCCCUCUGCCCCGGCCGCCUCCGCGAGGUCAGCGUCAUCUCGGGCCUGCCCGCUAGCACCAGCACCGAGCGCCUCGACCUACUCGACGACGCCGCUAGGGUCUUCGGCUUCUCCAUCACCGGAGGCGAGCACCGCCUUCGGAACUACCGCUCCGUCACCACCGUCUCCGAGCUCGCAGACCCCGCGAUCUGCACCGUCGUGCUCGAGUCCUACGUCGUUGACGUCCCCGACGGCAACACCGAGGACGACACCCGCCUCUUCGCCGACACCGUCAUCAGGCUCAACCUCCAGAAGCUCAAGUCCGUCGCCGAGGCCAACGCCGCCGAGGCCGCCGCAACCACCAAUUCCGUCCUUCUGCCGCGGCCGGCGGAGUAGCGGCGGCUGCCAUCGGCAAGGGAAGAAAGCAACAGCAAGUUUUGUGCGUUUCUGUUAUUUCAAUUCUCUGGGAAAGGGUUUCUCUGAAUUAAAUCUGAUCAUGGAUGGAUUUGGACUGGACAAGGAGGGGCCGGGUCAGCCUAAAUUAGGUGUGAUUGCAAGGGCGCGACCUGUAAUAAUCUCUCUUUCAUCUCCUAGAUUCCUUCUUUUCAUCUUUACUUCUUCCAGAAUUUGGUUAAUUCCUGCUUUAUGUGAUUGGAAUCAUUCCUUAGGAAUUGCUGCUUCUCAUAUGUCUUUGCAUUGCAUGUUUGAUGUGGCUAUCUUGAGGCAUGUGAUCCAUGCCUAAUUCGAUCCUCUUAGAUUGCUAGCGCUACUGGAUCACUGAUCAAUUGUCCUUAAGUUCCAGUCAUGUCUUAGCAGUUGUUCACCGAUGAUGACUAUGCAUGGCUAAUGUCGUUGUUGCAGCCGAACUUGUUGACUGAUUUGAGAAUGCAAGGAACAUUGUAGUGGUCCAUCCUCUUUUUUUCCAACAAGGUUCUUUGUGUUUUCGUGCAGGUAUACACCAUAUAUUUGAGUAAAAUAUAAAUCUCAGGUAGUUCAAGCAUAGUAGUAGACAUGGCAAACCUCGUCGAUUCCUUAAAUCGUACUGGUGCAAUACUGUCUUGAGAUGCUUAAGCCUGGCAGGGUGUUUUUGUCUC